AUGAACUUCUCGGUGGUGCGCCUGCUGCUGGCCUUCUUCGCCACGGUCUCUGUGGCCCUGGCUCUCUCGCAUGCCGAUGCCACGAUCACCCACAAGGUAUACUUCGACAUCGAGCACGGCGACAAGUCGAUUGGCCGCAUCGUCCUCGGCCUGUACGGCGAGACUGCGCCCAAGACCGUGGAGAACUUUGUCACGCUGGCCGAGCGCGACGAGGGCAACGGCUACAAGGGCAGCGUCUUCCACCGCGUGAUCAAGAACUUCAUGAUCCAGGGCGGUGACUACACCCGCGGCGAUGGCCGUGGCGGUCUGUCGAUCUGGGGCAAGAGCUUCAAGGACGAAAACUUUGAUCUCGUGCACGAGGGCCCCGGCAUCCUGUCGAUGGCCAACGCUGGCCCCGACACGAAUGGCUCGCAGUUCUUUAUUACGACCGUGAAAACCCCCUGGCUCGAUGGUCGACACGUCGUGUUUGGCCGCGUCGUGGACGGCAUGAACGUUGUUGAAUACAUUGAGAACGUCAAGACCGGCCCCGGCGACCGCCCCAUGGACGAGGUCAAGAUCUUCGAUGCUGGCGUCAUCAGCGACUCGCCUGAGAAGGAUGAGCUGUAG